UUUGAACGGUAUUUAUUUGAUUAUCUGAGAAAAAAUAACAUGCAUCAAACGGCAGAGAUUUUUUUCAGGGAGGCCAAUCUUACAUUUGAUCCUCGUAUUCCUACUGCAAUAGAUCUUCCUGAAGGGUUUUUGCAUGAGUGGUGGUCAUUUUUCUAUGACGUGUAUAUAUCACGGCAGCUGAAGGAUUGCAGUUCCGAGGAGAGUCCGUCAAAUAUGGAUGAGCAAAUGACUGAAGCUAUGCAACAAAUUGAUCCUUCUCUGUCAGAACAGUAUCUAAUGAAUGAACAAACAAUUUCUGACUUGCUGGCCAGUGCUGAUUCUGGGUUUGACACUGGGGUCAAUGCAAUGGAAUCAAUGACUUUCCCUUUAAUAGGAGCAGAGCAAAUUCCCUUUGACAUACAAUCAUUGUUGCAUGAGGAAGAUGUAUUGACAUCCACACCAUUGUUGAAUCUUCCUGGAAACCUUGUCAAUUUAACUGCUCAAGAAGUAGACUAUUCAGUUCUUGCAGCAGCAAGACAAGCUAAUACUCCAUCGGAAGAGAGUGCCAGAGAUAGCAUGAACACAUAUGACUCCAUAAUUGUAAACACCAGUCUUCUAGGAGAAGCUGAUACUACUUUGGAAGGUUCCUUAACAAAACAGCAUUCCUCAGAUGAUAAUGUCAAAUCAGCUUCUUCAUAUGCUAAUGGUGUCAAGGGCAAUGCACGUGCUGAUUCCAGCAAGUUUCUAUGAUGUGCUACAACAGCAGAUGGUUUGACAGUCCAUCAAGUUGUGCAAUCCAAAAAAGAAGGGUAAAUCAAUAAUUGAUUCGAACACAGGAUGGUUUAAUGUCUGCAUUAACAGGUUCCUUGUGCCAAAAGUUUGCUUGGGUGGGACUUGAUCAAUAUAUGAGGCUACAGAUAUUAUUCUUCGUCAUAAAUAUGUUGGUAGUUUCCAGUUUCAGUAUGUAGAUACUGGUUAAUGGCCUUUGACAGCCAUUUUAUUUUAUUUCUUCCAACUCUUUAAUAGGGAUUAUGGGUUGCUUAUUUGCAUUCACUUCACUUACAAGUCAUAAAUGGCCCCAACUAGACAUAAAUCUUUUAUGGAGAGGCAAAAGUUAGUGUGAAAAUAGGUUUUACUUCUUUUUGUACCUUUUUAGGUCAAUGGAUAUUGUGAGGUGAUCAGUUAUACUACAAUCGAACCUUUGAAUUUUAUCAAAAUUCUGAAUUUUGUUUGGAGUACUACAUUCUCUUGUUAGGCAUGGGUGUUGCAAUAGUUUAAGCACAA